GUGGGAGUUGACAUGUAAUUUGCAGCUCUGUUUUGUGAGAGAAGAUGACGGACGCGUUCAGCAGCAGCAGUGAGGCGGUUCUCCAGCGCUCGGUCACUUCAACACACAGUUUCCACCCUUCUGGAGACCUUCUGCUGCUCUACCAGACACCCGAGACCUGUCGUUUCAUCACUAGCAAUCACUUCAAGAAGGUGGCCUUACAGUUUCCAGAUGAACUGCUGCCUGAUGCCGUCCGGGUAUCUGCUGAAAUAGAGGAUAAAACCAAAGCCAAGACUUACAUUUUAGGGGAUACAUCCUAUGGCAGCUGUUGUGUGGAUGAAGUAGCAGCAGAACAUGUGGGAGCAGACUGUAUAGUGCAUUAUGGGUCAUCUUGUCUCAGCCCAUGCAGACGACUACCGCUUCUGUACGUGUUUGGGAAAAGACCCAUUGAUGUCCAUCAGUGUGCGUCAUCCUUUAAAGAGCUUUACCCGAAUCUCCAAAGCCAUAUCAUAGUACUGUUUGACGUCACUUACUCACAUGCUAUAGAUGAUCUCAGAACACUUUUGUGUGACGUCUACCCUAAUGUUGUGGUGUCUCGUCUGAAAACGGAUCAUUCCUGUGGUGCUGAACUCAUACAGGACAGCUGUGUGGACUUGCAGUCAAACGAUGAUGGAGUCAUUUUUAAAUUUGGCAGACAAUUCAGAAUAAAAGAAGGACAAACUGUUAAUGAUUACAGCAUCUUUUACAUUGGCCAGGAAGGCCUGACGCUUACAAACUUCAUGAUGAGCUGGAACAAUUGUGUCUUUAGCUCAUUCAACCCAGAGACAAGCACGGGUCGAGUGGAAUCGGUUCAAAUCAACAAAGCACUGAUGAAGCGCUAUUAUGCCAUUGAGCGGGCCAAAGAUGCCAGUGUGGUGGGCAUUUUGGUGGGCACCCUGGGUGUUGCCAACUAUCUGAUUAUCAUCGAACAGCUGAAAGACACUAUUCAAAGAGCAGGCAAGAAGAGCUAUAUGUUUGCCAUGGGAAAGAUCAAUGUUCCCAAGCUUGCGAACUUCCUGGAAAUUGAUAUUUACGUGUUAGUUGCGUGUCCAGAAAACUCCCUGCUGGACUCAAGUGAAUUCUACAGGCCUGUGGUGACUCCGUUUGAGAUGGAGCUGGCUUGUAAUAAGCACAGAGAGUGGACUGGAGAAUAUGUCACAGACUUCAGAGAGUUACUGCCUGGUGGAAGCAGUCAUGUGGGCUUUCCUGAACCCAGUCAGUCUGCCACUGAGGAGGAGACCACAGACGUGUCUCUCAUCACAGGAGCUCUACGAAGCUGUUCCACCAACUCAUCUGAGAUGAUGCAUAACUCAGAGACAUCUUCGCUUGUCCUCAGGAAUCAGACUCUCACUGUGGCCAAUACUAACGCUGCGGCAUCUUUUCUGGCAGGCCGCAGCUGGCAGGGACUGGAGCCAAAAUUAGGGCAGACCCCGGUGGUUAAAGCUGUAAAGGGACAGAGAGGCAUUGCAAUCGCUUACGAAGAGGAGGGUAAUGAGGACGCUUCAACACAACAAAAAUUAUAACACUCGUUUACUGUUGGACAGUCACAGGAAUCAUCAAAAGAUUACUUUACAUGUAUUGAUAUAGUAAUAAAACAUCUAUUGGGGGCAUGUUUUAUAUUCCCUUGAUAAGGCCAAGUACUUACUGCUCUAAAAACAUGAAUCAAGGUAAAUAAAUAUCUUCUUUUUUGUGCUAUAUUAUACCAAUAUGGUAGCCAAACUGUGGAGCAAUUAAGCAAUUAAAUGAGAAAAAUAUAAACGUGAUCUUGUUUGUAAUGAAGACAAAAGAUUGAGCUUUAUACUUUGAAGUCAUCAAAAACAUGUUAUGAGGUACUGUACAGCAGCAAAUCUCUAGUGUAAAUGUAGUAACAAUAAAGGGAAAGUUCUACCUA